GGCCCCCGGCGGCCGCGCGCGGCUAGGGGCGCCUUUCUGCCUUUCCAACGCAUGGCUGCCAGUGCUGGCCGGGCAUUGGAAAGGGUUUGAGGGGAGCUGCAGGCUUGCAAACCAAGCGCUGCCGCAUUUCGUUUCGUGAAGGAAUCUAGAACUUGAAAUCGAGUCUAUCGUGAUUGUUGCUGAGAGGGUGCCGUUGAAGAUUGCCGCCAUGGUGAGAUCUGUCCUUGCAGAGGUGGAGCAUGUGGAGAACGAGAUUGAGAGGUUGCUCAAGCAGUCCACAGCCACGCAGACUGGUCUCCUGGUCGGCAAAGUCAGUGUCGCAUACCGCGACCAUGUCUACGCUCUGCUGCCAACUCCACCAUCCGAAAGCACAACCAAUGUGGUCGAUACAAGUGGCGCAAGCAAGAAAGGAGGCAAGGGAGAGGCGCCACUGCAGGUUGACCCCGAAUGGAUUGGAGAACACACGAGACAGGUGUCCAGAAUGCUUCCAGGGGGUCUGGCUGUUCUGGGGAUCUACGCCAUCUGCUCUGAGGCAGCAUUAAAGGCUGCUGGCGCUGCGCUGUGGGAGGCUCUGACUGCCACCGCCACCUCAGCAAGCCCCAGGAUAAUAUCACAGGAUGCAGGAGCAGAGUGGCUCCUCUUGCAUGUAUCACGGCAGCCCCGCAAGUGCACUUGUCGGAGUGGUCCCGUGGGCCUUCCUUCGGCCUCUGGGUUCCAGUCCCUCCGCCCCUGCGAGCUCAAGUUCGGACACAAUCUCAACACUCUACACUGCCUACAAGCUGUCUAUCGCAUCGAUUUACGGCUUCCGAUCCGCUCCGGAAGCUCAACAUUAUUCGUUUCGAGCGUCGAGGGCGCCAUCUCCUCCGAGACAACUAGGCUCGGCGCCGCAGAAUGCACGGUAGACGGCGCGCUCACAGACUCGACACAAACUGUAGCAGCCCUCCGAACCCCUUCCCCCGAGCCCGAGCCGGACUCCCAAACCGCGGAGUCGCUUCCGACGCACCAAGUCCAUUUUUUCGCCCGCCCUUCCUGGGCGUCCGAAGCCGGCGCAAAGAUGGGCGAGGAGCUGCGGGAGAAGCCGGGGGCGGUGGUCGGACACGUGGCACUCAGCGGGGCCGUCCACGUCAGGACGUAUUCGCAUCCGAAGCAGACGGUCGGAGAGGCGCUCGUGGACCUUAAGACGGACGUCGCCCGCAGCCUGCGAGCAAGGCUCGAGCUUUUGGUGGAGGAGGCGGAUAGGGCGGAGGAAGAGAGCGAGCACGCCGCCACGUCAGCUGCCACGUCAGCACCUGGGGAGGGCGCUUCUGGGGCGGAGAAGUCUCAACCUCGGCAUGCUUUGCUGGAGGACGCAGUCCGGCGAUUUGGAGAGGGGAUGCCGCGGCGGGUUCUUGUCCCUUGGCUAGAGGGAGUACGGCUGUCAGAGUAUCUGAUAGGAAGCGAGAGCGUCGCAGAGGCGGCCGAGAGGUGUAAAGAGAUGCUUGGGCCGAGCUUUGCAAGCGGGAGCGACUUGGUCGAAGUCGAGAGGCCAGCAGCUCCGGAGAAAACGGCCCAACAGCAGAGCGAGCCCCAAAAGAGCACGGUAUUAGAAGGUGUCAGAACAGGGAGCAGCAGUGUGAAAGGAAAGCAAGAAGCAGUGUGCAGUCAAACAACGCUCGCAGCCGCAGUCGGUGCUCUGGCUGUUACAUUGCUCGCGGUCAGUUUGGCUUACGUUUCGAGGUGAGGUGAGGACUCGGAACGGGAUGAUUGUAUAGCGGUCGAUCGUGUAAAACCGUUGCAUCUUGUAAGUGUGGGCUUUCUGUUGAUGAGAUCGGAUGUUACUGGCACCACGAGCAACC